AUGGCUUCCGACAACGCGGCUCUUGACCACCCUUUUCUUUCGUAUCUAGCUGCACUGCUCUCCGUCUACGAACUGGGGCCUGAUGCUAGGGCACCACCGCCCUACGAUGGUCCGUCAGAUCUACAAACCGACGCCAUCGUUGGUAGUCUAACUUCCAUCGUGAAGCGAAUGUAUCAAGCAGAAGCGAGUGAGAGAAAUGAGGUCCAAGAAGCUCCUUCUCAUCCACCCUCGUCAACAAGCCCCGGAAGUGUUCGUCACAUUAACAUCAGUACUGCCUUAGACGUCAUGAGUACGCCCGAGGGGGCUCUCGCUACUGACAAGGUCCCCGAUAUACGCAGCGAUGCAUCUGCUGGUAUAACCCCAAUUGCCGAAAGAGAAGUUGCGGUCAAUUACGCUUCUAGUACCUCCGUUUCGGCACUCGCAGCCGCCAGUAUCAGAUAUGAUCUUGUGGCGUGCCCGACUUGCGGCAAGGCCAUCACAGACCCCCUUCCUGCGUCAGGACAGCCUUCCUUGUGCAACCUUUCCGCUCUCCCCAGUAACUCCCCCCUCGUCUCCGAGGCCGAGCUUGAAAGCGGCUUGAGCGCAGCAGAAGAACUCGAGCUUCUCAAGGUACAAGUCGUGGAAGUGGCGCGCGUUUGCAACGCAGUAUCCUCCGGCGACCUUAGUCAAAGGAUUGCGUUCCCCGUUCACAGUAUUGUUAUAGUUGAGGUCAAAGACGCCAUCAACAAGAUGAUGGACAAAUUGGAUCAAUUCUCUAAGGAAGUCACUCGCGUUACUCUCGACGUCGGUAGUCAAGGCGAGUUGUGGAGUCAAAUUCAUGUCCCCGAUGUCGAAGGAGUGUGGUACGAAUUGGCCAGAAAUCUCAACCAAAUGUGUUACUCUAUGACGAACCAAGUACGAUCCAUCGCCGAAGCAAUAAAGGCUAUAGCCAAGGGAGAUCUGACUCACAGAAUUCAAAUCGAUGCCCGUGGUGAGAUGCUGGAGCUCAAGGCGACUGUCAAUGGAAUGACGGAAAUCUUAAGUGGGUUUGCUGGCGAAGUGGCAAGAGUGACAAGAUCAAUUGGCACUGAAGGUCGUCUGGGCGUACAAGCCAGGACCAAUAAUCUUGGAGGUACAUGGAGAUAUCUCACAGAUAGUGUCAACAUCAUGGCGGCAAAUUUAACUCUACAGGUGCGAACGAUCGCAUCUGCAAUGACGGCGGUCACUCGCGGUGAUCUUACGCAGAAGAUCACUGGCCUUGCUGUGUCCGGUGAGAUGUUGGAGCUUGUCAAUACCAUUAACGACAUGCUUGUUCAAUUGGUCGUUUUCGCACGCGAAAUCAAGAAGGUGACCAGAGAGUUUGGUAUUGAGGGUAUGAGGCUAUGUGUGCAAGCUGAGGUUGGUAAUGCACAAGGAAUUUGGCAGGAGAUUAUACAAUCUCUCAACAUGAUGGCGAGCAACUUGACCACGCAACUCCGAGACUUCACGCAAGUCAGUGUCAUGGGCGGUGAUUCCUCUAUGUUCGUCACAGUUGAAGCCGGAGGCGAAUCGGAUUCCUUGAAGACUCAGAUCGACCAGAUGAUCGUGCUUCGCACGAAUAGUCAGGAGAACAGUAGUGCUCCUACUGCUUUGUAG